AUUUUUUUUUAUCAUUUUGAAAAAUUUCCUGUGCAACAACUCUUGCUCUUCAAUCUUCAAUCCCCCGCCGAAUCCACGGCGAGGAGUUAAUCCUCCCUUUCCUCCUAAAGAAUGCUCUCUCCGUCCGCCGGAAAAUCCAUUUCCGCCUCAAAUUUGGACUCCGGUGAAGAAACCAGGGACAAGCACCACCCGGGCUGGCCCGACCCGUUUCCUCGGCGGCGGGUCGACCCGGAAGAGGCGUUGAAGCAUGCAAUCCUCAUGGCCCGCCGCCACCGGCCGGUUUCGCACUCCGGCUCCACCACUCCAUACUCGGAAUCCGAAACCGACUCCUCCGAUGCCGCCAACCCUAGCGCCGCCUCACUCGACUGCACCUCCUCGUUGUCCGACGAGCUCUUACUUAGGGUUUUCGGCAAAUUACCCGACGCGAGGCAGCAUAUUUCGAAUUCGCUGGUUUGCCGGCGGUGGUGCGCGCUCUGCGGGAAGCUUCUCCGGUCGAUUCGGCUGUUGGAUUGGGAAUUUCUGGAAUCCGGUAGGUUGAGCUAUCGUUUCCCCAAUUUAAUCGAAAUUGAUUUAGUCCGUGCGUGCGUGAAAUCGGAGAGGAAUUUGGGCACACUUUUAAGCAAUAAAUUGGUAGAAAUUCGAUUGACUUCCGGAUUGUUGGAAAACGAGGGAUUCUUCGUCAGGAACGAGGACAUGAUCGAUUCCAUAAGAAUCGAUGAAGGCGUAAGGAUUUUAGCUGAGGGUUGCAAGAAUCUAAGGAAAGUAUCGCUGAUGAACGUUGGUGAAGAAGGAUUAGGUUACUUAGGGAAGGAAUGCGAGCUUCUACAGGAGAUGGAAUUGCAUUAUUGCAACGAUUCAGCAUUGAAAUCGAUCGGCAGUUUUCGAAACCUGCAAAUACUGAAGCUAAUCCCGAGCAUUCCGGCAAUCUACGCCUCGGUAGUUUCUGACAUUGGGAUGACCUUCUUGGCACAGGGCUGCCGGAGAUUGGUGAAGCUCGAAUUGGUGGGUUGCGACGGGAGUUAUGACGGGAUUAAGGCGAUCGGGCAGUGCUGCCCGAUGCUAGAGGAGUUGUCGGUGAUUAGUCAUAGGAUGGAAGGGGGGUGGUUGUCGGGUUUGUCGUAUUGUACGAAUUUGAAGACUUUGAGGAUCGAAUCGUGUGCUAACAUUGAUGUGAGUCCCGGCCCGGUCGAGCAUUUGGGGUCUUGUGCGAUGCUCGAGGAGUUGUGGCUGCAGCGGUGCUUGAUGCGCGACGAGAAGGGUGUGUCGGCGUUGUUUUCGGUGUGUCGGGACGUUAAGGAGUUAGUGGUAGAGGAUUGUUGGGGGUUGGAUGAUAGUGUGUUUGCUGCCGCGGCUGUUUUUAGGGCAAUCAGAUCUCUCUCGCUAGAGGGGUGCUCGUUGCUGUCGACGCAAGGAUUAGAAUCGGUGAUCCAGUCUUGGAAGGAUCUAGAAAGGCUUCGAGUAGUCUCUUGUAAUAACAUAAAGGACAGCGAAAUGACGGCGGAUCUUGCCACUCUAUUCUCCGUCCUCAAAGAAUUGAAGUGGCGACCCGAUUCCCGGUCACUUCUAUCAGCUAGUCUUGCCGGGACGGGAAUAAGACAAAAAGGGGGCCGAUCUUUGAGGAGCAAGUGAAACUAAAACAAAUCUAUAUCGAAAAAUGAUAUCCCACCGGUAAGAAUCUCAUAUAUCUUCUAAGCUAACACAAAUACGAAGUGCUUGUAUUCUUUCAUUUCUUUCUUACCAUUUUCAGGUACGUUAAAAAAAAAAAAAAUUAAUUUUGUGUCGAAUUAGGUCCUCUUCUUUGAUGUUAGAAGAUCUAUUCUUCCGGCCUUAUUACUUGGUCGAAACUUCGAGGUAUAUGUUUGUUUUGUCGGGGAGAAUUGGACUUUACGUACGGGCUAUUCUCAUUUUAGUCGCUUUUCGAUGUCCGUUU